AUUGCCGCCGCCAACUUCAGUCGCGUCCUCCUAGCCGUCUAGAUCGCACACAAAUACAUUAAACAGAAAUUCUCUCUCGAGUUGAACUGCCAAAAACUCGGGGGAGAAGCGAGAGGGUAGCCCGCGAGCCGCCGCUAGUAUCCCUAGGAAAUAAUAGGAAAAGCAACAAGUGUUAAGAUGUCGGUAACUUAAUUUGUAUUAAGAUAUGUGGGCAGUGUGGGCCUUGUGGGCAGGCCUAUGGGUAGCGGCCGUGGCCACUCCGCGCCAACCGAUCCAUUUCGAUAAAGACUCUACCCUGAGGCGGCAAAUGCCACAUCCGUUUUGGCAGAAGAGGCACCAGGUGAACGCCGCAGCAGCGCGCCCACCUCCCGACGAACUCAGGGACUUCCAGCAGCAUUUAGAUGCAGUCAAUUCACAGCUGAUGCUCAGGUCUCCCAGGGGGCAAAGGCAAUAUGACGUGCCACAAAUAGAAUGUCCUCUAGCUGAUGACGGAAUGGAACGAUUUGCGUGUCCGACUCCGGAUAGACAAGGAAGAUAUCAUUGUAUAGAUGACCAUGUCCUUUGUGACGGUUUCGUCGAUUGUCCUUCGGGAGAAGACGAAGAUAGGCAGUCAUGUAUGUUCUUUAAAACGACUAAAGCACACCUGGAUGUACUAGCCGACGCGCUACUUCGGUGGGCUCGCGGACGUUAACCCCUUCCCACAUCUAACUAAUCGGGUCGGCCAUAGGCGGAUAUUAAAAAAAAUGUCAGGUCUCUUUUAAAACGCCUAUGACUUUCCCUAAUCUCCCUAAGCGUAUUCUUCAGAGAGCAAAAAGACUUUGCUGGCAGCAGCUACAGACACCGACGCUAACAAAUUCUUCUUCUUUUUCUUCGUUUUAUCAAAAAUUAGGUACUUCGGGAUAUAUACAUUAGAUCGGGUGUCGUACUGCGGCUGGCGUUACAUAAAUAUUUCCCAAAAAGGCAUUCCGAUUUAUGAAAUCUCUCUAUUAGAACGAAGGCCUUAUAAUUUAUUUUUCGUAUCGAACCAAAAUGGUGCUGUAGUGUGGAUUCCGUUUAUUUUCCUCAUACAGAUCUUGUUAGAAAUAAAAAUGUUGAGGUUAUGUUGGUAUUUGUUAUAUUAUAUCACUGUUAAUGUUAAUAAUAUUCUAAAUUAGACUAUUAGGGUAUUGGUAAAUUCUGAUUAGCAAAUGAACAGUGUAUUAUCAUCAGUUUUGCAAUUUCUUAUAAUAUUUGCACGUAUCUAAAAGAAAAAUUUUAAAAAAAAAUCUAGUUAUUAGUAUAAGUGUCCCAAAUAUUCAAUUUUAGCUUUCGAUGUUUCCAUUUCGGCACAUAUAUGAAUUGAGAAAUUGUUGAACUUUGAUCAAAUGUUGAAAUUUCGAGUGAAAUUCGUAGGAGGCUGGGAUAUUGGCGAAAAUAAAUGAAAAUAAACGACUUAUCGGCUUCGGUAGACGAUGUAGUUCGUCCUGAGCCACUGAAGCCGAACAGUUCGAACCGAACGAGUAAAUAUUUGAACCAAUAUUUUUUCAAAACAAUUUUACUCUUAAUUGACAACAAAAAUCGGGAAUGAAAUUUGAAAAAAAAAAUAACGUGCUAGUCAGAAGAUAGGUUUCCGUUUGCAAAACUGAAAGUCUGAAAUCUGUUGAAUUUAUUAUUAGUUAGUAUUUUUAAAAUAGAAUAUGAAACCUAAAUUCAAUUCAAAAUAAAAAUAAAAUAAUAUCAACGCUUGGUAUAUUUUGAAGGAAAUAUAAACGAUUACGUCUUUUUCGUAAUAGGAGUAUUUAGGUUUCGUAAUAAUUUAGUCAUGUAAUUGAGAUACUGGCCUAUUUGUAGAAAAAAAAACAGUCGAUAUAGGCGUUAUAGUUGAAAGAAAUUACUGAAACACAAUCAUUUAUCGCCUAGUUCUUCGUUUUUGUUUGUAAUCGAAGGGAAAAUGUUACCCUGGAACUGAAAGUUUACUAAAAUUAAUCUUCAGCUAUAGAACAGAUUUAUAAAUCUAUUAACACAGUCUAAAUAAGGUUUUUUACAGUGUGGAAUCAUAUAAAUCCCAUUUUACAACCUCCAUUUACAGCAGAUUAUCGUUAAAAGCAUUAUUUAAUAUUAAAUCAAUAGCAGAUACAAGCAUAAAAUUUAUAGGUAUACUAAAUACAUUAGCAGAGUUUCAAAAAGGCUCCUGGAAGUUAUUUACUACCAGAAUUGGAUCAAAAUUCAAUGAGACAUCAUUUUUUCCCCACUAACUUUGGCAGAUUGUCGUUAAUAUAAUUUUAUUUAUAUUAAAUUGAUAGCAGAUAUGAUAUUAAAACUUGUAGAUCUUCUAAAUAUACUAGUAUCAUGUUAACAAGGUUAUUUACUACCUGGAUUGGUUCAAAAUUCAAUGAGACAUCAUUUUUUCCCCACUAACUUUGGCAGAUUAUCGUUAAUAUCAUUUUAUUUAUAUUAAAUUAAUAGCAUAUUUAAUAUUAAAACUUGUAGGUCUUCUAAAUAUACUAGUAUCAUGUUAACAAGGUUAUUUACUACCUGGAUUGGUUCAAAAUUCAAUGAGACAUCAUUUUUUCCCCACUAACUUUGGCAGAUUGUCGUUAAUAUCAUUUUAUUUAUAUUAAAUUAAAAGGAGGUACAAUAUUACAACUUGUGGGUCUUCUAAAUAUACUAGUUGCAUGUUAACAAGGUUAUUUACUGCCAGGAUUGGAUCAGAAUUCAAUGAGACAUCAUUUUUUCUUCACUAACUUUGGCAGAUUGUCGUUAAUAUAAUUUUUUUUAUAUUAAAUUGAUAGCAGAUAUGAUAUUAAAACUUGUAGAUCUUCUAAAUAUACUAGUAGCAUGUUAACAAUGUUAUUUACUGCCAGGAUUGGAUAAGAAUUCAAUGAGACAUCAUUUUUUCUUCACUAACUUUGGCAGAUUGUCGUUAAUAUAAUUUUAUUUAUAUUAAAUUGAUAGCAGAUAUGAUAUUAAAACUUGUAGGUCUUCUAAAUAUACUAGUAGCAUGUUAACAAUGUUAUUUACUGCCAGGAUUGGAUCAGAAUUCAAUGAGACAUCAUUUUUUCCCCACUAACUUUGGCAGAUUGUCGUUAAUAUCAUUUUAUUUAUAUUAAAUUAAAAGGAGAUACAAUAUUACAACUUGUGGGUCUUCUAAAUAUACUAGUAGCAUGUUAACAAUGUUAUUUACUGCCAGGAUUGGAUCAGAAUUCAAUGAGACAUCAUUUUUUCUUCACUAACUUUGGCAGAUUGUCGUUAAUAUAAUUUUAUUUAUAUUAAAUUGAUAGCAGAUAUGAUAUUAAAACUUGUAGAUCUUCUAAAUAUACUAGUAGCAUGUUAACAAGGUUAUUUACUGCCAGGAUUGGAUCAGAAUUCAAUGAGACAUCAUUUUUUCUUCACUAACUUCGGCAGAUUGUCGUUAAUAUCAUUUUAUUUAUAUUAAAUUAAUAGCAGAUAUGAUAUUAAAACUUGUAGGUCUUCUAAAUAUACUAGUAGCAUAACCUCGUUAAGUUCAUGCAGAUUUACUACCUGGUUUGGGUCAAAAUUUAAUAAUUAAUUUCAAUCAUUUUCGUACACUAAUUUUGGCAGAUUGUCGUUCAAAUAUCUUCUACCUUAUCUAUGUACCUCAAAUAUAAAUCGAAACAGUAAUUUCAACUAUUAUUACUGACAUUGCCCAUCAAAUCGUUAAAAAAACAGAUCUUCUAUGGAUUGACCUGCCAAUAAAAAUCAAUAUUAUUUUUUUUUUCAAUAAUUAUAAUAAUCUGUCAAAUAGCAAUAACCCAUUCAUGGUUAAAGAAGAGAAUAACUUGACGUACUUCCCCCUUGUAUGUUUGGUUGCCAAUAAACUGGCGAUAUCGAUUCAAAUAAGGUAUAGAUAUCCAGGUUAAAUCGACCUUGUUUCUGUGCAAUUCGAAUUGAAAACAACAAAGCAGUUCGGGAAGUCAGUAACCUCUGAAUUUUCGGAAUAUUAAUCACCGCUAGACAAAACCUUGUUUAUCCAACAUCUCUACUUUACACAAGUAAAAAAAAGAAGAAGUAAAUAUUUCGUUCGUAUCAUUUCACAUAGAUAAAAAAAGAAAAGCAAAAAAGUGCUCUCCAUAUUAUAAAUGAUUAGGGGGAUCGAAUAAAUUGUUAUUUUUUUAUUUAAAAAUUAUUACCAAGGUCGAACAAAAAAUUCUAUAAAACGUUUUGUCACAUUACAUAUUAUUACGAAGGACGAAAAAAAGUAUCAGAAAUAUUGAUCAUACCAAACUAUUACCAGGGUUGAACAAAAAUUAUUACGAGGGAAGAAAAAAAUUUUUCUGAAUUGUUAUUAUUUUUUGACAAUUAUUACAAGAAUCGAUUCAAAGGUUUCAUAAAUAUUGAUAAUACCAAAAUAUUACCAGGGUCGAAUUAUAAAAUUUAUUGAACGUUUCAUUUCAUUACAAAUUAUUACGGGACGAAGAAAAUUUUUCUGAAUUGUUAUUAUUUAUUGAAAAUUAUUACAAGGUUUCAGAAAUAUUGUUCAUACCAAAAUAUUACGAGGAUCGAACAAAAAAUUUUAUGAAACGUAUUGUCUAAUUUCAUAUUACGAGGGACGAAAAAAAGGAUCAAAUUAAAAUGUUUCAGAAAUAUUGAUCAUACCAAAAUAUUACCAGGGUUGAACAAAAAGUUUGGGGAACAUUUUGUUUCAUUCAAAAUUAUUACGAGGGACGUAAAAAAUUUUUCUGAAUUAUUGUUAUUAUUCAUUGACAAUUAAUACAAGAAUCGAUUAAAAGAUUUCAUAAAUAUUGAUAAUACCAAAAUAUUACCAGGGUCGAAUUAAAAAAUUUAUGGAACGUAUUGUCUCAUUUCAUAUUACGAGGGACGAAAAAAAGGAUCAAAUUAAAAUGUUUCAGAAAUAUUGAUCAUACCAAAAUAUUACCAGGGUUAAACAAAUAGUUUAUGGAAAAUUUUGUCUCAUUAAAAAUUAUUACGAGGGACGCAGAAAAUGUUUCUUGUUAUUUUUCAUUAAAAAAAUUACAAGGAUGGAUAUAAAGCGUUUCAUAAAUAUUGUAUUACCAGGUUUAUGAAAUGUUGUUUCAUUACAAGGGAGGAAGAAAAUGUUUCUGCUCAAUUAUAAAUGAUUACCAGGGCUGAACGAAAUGUUUAUAACACGUUUUAUUGCCAACCGGAAAUCUGCUUUGAUAAGAUUAUUGGAGGUUAUGUGAUUGAUUCAAUAUUGAUCCUUAUGGACUCUGUUAAUUGAAUUUUGUAUUUUGGGAAUAGAAAUUUCGUUGCCAUAAUUAUUGUUUAAUGAAAUAAGUACUAAGAGAAUACCGUUGACGUACCGGGGCGCUCGAAAUAGUAAUAUCUGUGAUGAUACAAUGAAAACGCUUAUAUUUACCUCGAAUUUAAUUUUUUUAUAGUGAUAUCUUUCAACUAUAAAUAUAAGGGAGAGAAAUCAAACCCUCAAACAAUGAAGUAAUCGAAAUAAUUAUUAUGCUAAGGGUCACCCUGCAUCUUCCCAUAAUAAUAGCCGAAAAAGAAGUUCCAACUGACUUCUUUUAAGGCAUAUGUUUUCCCGACCGUGUUGAAUUGCACAAAUGCACCAAAAUCGCACUACUUGCACCAACGUUUUCGUUUCAAAGUUCAUUUUUAAGGCACAAAGGACGGCUCAGUGGAAAAUUUCAAUGUGAUAUAUUAUAUAGAAAAAAAAAAAUGUGAAUCCUGCCACGGGACUUCUUGAAACAGUGUUUUUUCAAAAGUGACUCCAUCUUUAAAUCGGUAGACUCCUUAAAUUCGUUAUAAAAGAAUAAUUUAAGUCAAUUUAUAGUCGAAGAAAAAUUAGUAAUAAUGAGAAACUAUAUCAAAAGUAACCGACGCAAUAAUAAUUUCGAAAAUGUGGUUAGUUAUGUUAAGAAGAGACACAAUCACAUUGUUCACCUUGUAACCGAUCACAAUUUCUUGAAAAAAAAAAUAAAUAAAUAUUACGAACCCGUUUUGAAACUUAAUUAUGAAAAAAAUGUGUUUUUCGUUAUUAAAUACGUUCCAUUAUCGAAAAGUAGUUCCGAAACGGCCGUCGUAUCUUUUAAGGAGUCCACCCUGUAUAAACCACCUGCACAUAAUAUUUAAAAAUGUGAAAAAAAUAUAUUCUAUAAAUCAAUAUAUAAAUAUAUUUAUUUUUUACGUGUUUAGUUGUAAAAAUAAGAAUACUAAUUGUUCAUAUGAAUGUUUAUAUUAUAAUUAAAAACAAAAAAGACACAAUGCACUGAUAUCUUUAAAAUUUUCGUAGUUUUCAUUAUAAAUGUCACAAUGCACUACGCGCACAACCCUACGGACUAAACACGACCAAAUUACCCCUAUUUUUUUUUCUACAAACAAUAUAAAUCGAAAAUUUGUAUUAUACAAUUACUCCACGUACACCCCCUGUAUUAUAAAAUAAUUAAUUCAUCAAGUAAACAUAAAAUUUUUCCAUGAGAACUUUUUUUUACAAAAUUUAUCGAUUAGAAAUUCCAAUUAACUUGAAUUUUUUAUAAAUAAAAUUAAUUUAGAAAAAAAAUCUGUAAUAAAGUUACUAUAUAUAUAGUGACGCCCUCUGUUAUCGAAUAGCAAAAACAAGCCACACAUUCAAAUUGUGACUACUGCACUCCAGUCAAAUUAAAUCACUAUGGUCAUAAAUUUUGAUUGUUACAGAGGUUGAAAGAAAAUUAUAUUAUUCUGAACGUAUAUAGUCCGUAGCGAUUUAGAUAGCUCCCGAUCCCAUUUUCCAUGUUCCCAUAUCCCAUUUUUUACCCGUGACCCAUAAAGCGCCCGCCGAAUAAACGAAUUUAGAUUACAAAAAAUAAAAAUAAAGUUGACAAAUGUUUCUAUUUACUGACGGCCUAAAUAUUUUUAUAAAUAGAUUUGUUGACUGAACAAUACCUGUUGAUGUUUCCCGAAAUAAAAUAAUUAAAAAAAAAUGGCUCGUCAAUAGCGAAUUUAAUUUCGUUUAUUCGGAUUUGUACUAGCUACUACAUGUACAUGAAUAUAUUUUACUAUAGUGUAAUGAUAAUGUAAAAAAAAGUCGAUAGCUUAGAUGAGAAGAUGCGCUAGAAUGACGCGUAGAGAUUCCGAAAUGGGAUAUCUCUAAAAGUAUGGGGUAACAACUACUAUCUAUCCUGAUACCUAUAAUAUUGUAAAACAGUAAACCUGAAUAUUAUAAAUGUACAAUAAAUGCCUCAGCCA